AUGGUGGAGAGAGCCGGGAGGAGCCCAGUCAGUUCCUCGUCCGUGACCCGGGGUGAACAGCACAUACCUGGAAGGGCUGUCAUGGGCCUGCAACGAAAUGCCAAGGGGAGGGUGGUUGUACGUGGCAGACACCGGAGGCAACAGCGCUGCAACAGCAGGCAGGAAGAUGGCCAGAAAGCCCGCGCAGAACAGCUCUGGCCACGUCUGGCCAUGCAGCCCAGCCUGGAGCCUUCUUCUCCAGGCUGGGGUCUCAAUAUGGCACGGCUGGGGUGGGUGAGCAAUGACAAUGAUGACGCCUGCCAUUAA